GCGGCCGAUCCCACCCUCAAGGUCCGAACCAUCACGAACAGCCAGUGCCAGGCUGGGAAGAGCGCUUCGGUACAUGCUCUUGUGUCUUCCGGCGACCAGCCACUUCAGCUUGAAAUCAAUGGAUCAGCUGAAGCCAGCUAUGGAAAAAGCGGUUGUAACCGCUGGGAAGGCGGGUGAUACAAUCAUCGGGAGGAGCUAUGACAUAAAGGAUAUGCUCGCUAAGCUCCCCCAUGACGACAUCACUACAUCCGUGCAAUGGCUAUUGAGUCUCCAUCGGGACAGGGGGCUGAUCGGUGUGAAGGUGAGUGUACGAGAUCUACCAUGCGCAAGAGCAGAGUAUGCUCUUCUCCGAUCCCAUGGCGAUGACCGGCGACAGAUAGCCGACAUUCGGAUGGUUGACGAUGCUUCCAUUCUGCUUGCUUUCGACAGCCAGCAACCAACCACGUAUCAGAAAGCUAUGCGAAUUGCUGAUCUUUUCACCAGUUGUUAUCCGGAGUCUCUUAAGUUAGUAAGAAAGGAUGACGACAGCAACUCUUGGGACUUCUUGGGGAACAGGAUACUCCUAGAACCAUCCCCACCUCUUCUGCAUAUCUUCCCGAAGACAAAGAACCAAGCGUCACUGACGGAUCGAGGGUUUCUACAUUUCCAAUCCAUGCAGGAUUUUCGGUCCUACUCUGCUAAGAAGGUGAAGCGGAUGACACUUACAGCAUCCAUGAUCCGCUUGUGGAAGUCGUCCACGGACGAAAGGGCAGCGCGCGCAUSUAUCAUGUGUCUCAUCAGAGAAGCUCGCCUCUUGGAUCACCCCACGGAGGUCUUCUUCGGAUCCUUGGCAAGGUUUGCCAAGGUGGUGGGCGGUACCUGGGGAUCUUGGAUCUCACAGGUCGACAGUGUGGAGCACGGCUAUGGCGCCCAGGUACCAGUGUGGAGAACGACUAUGGUGCCCAGGUCGACAGCGUGGAGCAUGGAAAUGGCGCCCAGGUACCAGAGUGGAGCACGGCUAUGCGCUCAGGUCGUCAGUGUGGAGCACGACUAUGGCGCCCAGUUAAGUACCACUGACGCAGGUCGCCCGUGUGGAGCACGGCUAUGGCACCCAGUUAUGUACUGCUGACGCAGGUCGCCAGUGUGGAGCACAGCUAUGGCGCCCAGUUAAGUACCGCAGACGCAGGUAUGGCCUCCGCCCCUCUUCUUCUUCUUCUUCUUCUUCUUCUUCUUCUUCUUCGUCGUCGUCUUCUUCUUCUUCUUCUUCUUCUUCUUUUUCUUCUGAACAACCGAUUGUUAUUUGAUAA